AUGAAGCGGAUUGGUUGGAUGGUGAUGUGCCUUUUUCUACUGGCGUCAUUUUCAAAUCAAGUGAUAUCCGAAGAACAAACGGAUGUUUUUUAUGGGCUCAACAAAAUCGAGGAACGACGAAAUAACAAGUUAACGACAGUUUCGAAUAAUUCUUCUGUAGAUCGGGAUAUAGAAAAUGUUAAACACUUUUUCGAUGAAAUAUUCGAUGUAAACCUAAUCGAAGGAAAAGGGGUCGAAACAGGCCGUACUUUCGGCAUCAAGAGAUUACAAUUUAUGUUGAUGCCGAUGAUGUACAAAAUGGGAGUGAUGAUGACGCUUCUGACGGUGCUCACUGUGAUUUCUUUGAAAGGUCUUUUGAUCGGGGUCAUUCUAUUGGUACUGAAAUUGAGUACCUUCUUUGCUAAGUUUUAUGCUGGUUGGAAUGAACAACACGUACCGCAUUCCUGGUCGCCUCAACCAAUUCAUGUACACGUUCACAAUGAUCUUCCUUACGCUCACAAACAAGCUUAUCAUGCUUGGCCAACCGCUAGCGGACCUGGAGACGAAGAAAAUUACUAUUACAAGGGAUAA